AUGGCGGGACAAGGCGAGGAGGACGAUCUGGCCGAGCUAGACAAGUUCUUGCAUGAGACGCAAACGCUGGUUGAGCCAGUUGCAUUGCCUAGCACGGAAACAACAAAUCGUGUGGCUGCUGCGCCUCACCAGGACUCACCCAGCUCGGUGGCCAGUCGAUCGGUGGUGCCUUCUCUUCCCAAAGAGGAGGAGUAUCGAUACACCGUUCUUGCCAAUCAGCUUCUGGGCGCCUGGCACCGCGCACCGGCCUUGCCUCUUGACCCAGAGGCGCAAUCACUUGUUGAACCUGCCCUUGCAGCUAUUCAAUCCCGUAGCCAGCUUGCUCCUAGCCGAUACCGGAAUGUUCUCCUGUGGAAUCGACAGUAUCAGGUGGACCUGGUGCGCACGCUGAGCGAGCUCCGCUUUCAAAUGCACACCGUUCAAGCCGAGCUCAGGGCCAUCAACGAGUACGGUCUCGAUGCUCUUGAUGCCACGACCACGACUGCCCGAAGCCGUGGCAAUAAAGGACCACGUCGUGCCCGCGAUGCGGGUGCUUUGGCCAAACAAGAGAUUCACUUGACUGCCCAGCUGCGUGCUCCUCGACCUGAGCUGGAACUUUUUGUGGGCCAGACGGCCACCCAUCCGGCUGAAACGGCUGCUGACACCUACUUGGAAUCGACAGUACUACCUGGCCAGCUGCCUUUGUCGACGCUUGAUACGGUGCAUGCUCGCUAUACACCAAAAACUGCUGCACGCUGGACUGUGGAAGAGUCUCGGAAGCUUCACACGGCUGUCCUUCAGCAGCUGCGUCAGCGACUUUGCGCCCAGGUCCAGCACGAAGCGACAUUUACAUCUUUAGAAAGCACCCCCGUAGCCAAGCUCUCGGCAUCCCAGCUCAAGCUCAAGGUCGAGCUUGAUCGCCGCCUGCACGAGGUGGCCACUGCCGUUCCCUCGCGAUCGGCACUAGCAUGUGCAUUGCAAUGGAAUGUCAUCAACCCUGUGCGGCAUCGCUCUUGGAGUAAGGAGGAUGAUAAACGCCUUCGCGAGCUUGUGCUUUCGCGACCCCACCAGACGUGGGCAUGGUACACUGAGCAGCUACAACAGGAUCGACAUCCGGUUGAUGUCUUCAUGCACUGGCAGCAAGCCAUCAACCCAUCGUUGGUGAAACGAAACUGGAGCUCAGCUGACGACGAUCGACUGCGCACCGUCAUGCGUCGCAUUGGCAAUAGCGAUUGGACGGCCGUGGCCCAAGCCAUGGGAGAUCGGACGCCGCAGCAGUGCAACUUGCGCUGGACAAAAGUGCUUGAUCCCCGGCUGGCGAGUGGACCUUGGUCGGACCAAGAGCUAACGCAACUAAGGACUGGCGUGCAAAUGUUCAGCGGCUCGUGCCGACCCGUUCAGACCAACAAUGCCGUGAGCGCUACGAAAACCUUGAACGCACCGAUAUCUGCCGAGGUGCUUGGACACCGGAAGAAGAUGCAUGUUUGCGAGAAGGCGUGGCACGUUUCGCCCACAGCUGGACGCAGGUCGUGGAGCAUAUGUCGCAGCAUGGCUUCCCCCGAACAGACAACCAAUGCGCGCGACGUUAUUCUUCCUGUACUCUUCCUGACUAAGCCACGUACGAUACACAGGUUUGAAAAGCUUGAUCCCCAGGCAGCCCUGGACCAUCUGCAAGCUACACAUGGAAAGGAGCAGGUGCAGGUCUCGCGGGGUGGUGUGAAGCGCCGAUAUUUAACCCAUGCUUCGGCACUGGACGAAACUGCGGUGUCCCCUGAGGCGCAAGCAUCCAAGAAAAUGCAUCGAUUGCAGCGUGUGGUCGAAGGUCCCCGUCGUCCGCGUGGCCGCCCGCACUCGGGUUGCAACCAAAUCAUGGUCAGCUUUAGAUGCGAAGGAACCACGAACAUUCCCAGCAUUCAUAUGAAAACUCAGAAACUGAUUCUGAUUCUUCAAGAAUACAAUGAACCAAUGAACCUCAUUUGGCACGCACACAACAACGAACCGACCCAGAGUGAUAUAUGUGCCAGUAACCACGCGUCGUAG